ACAAAAUUUCCCGCAAAAUUUCUAUUUCUCCCGGGAAAAAAAUCCUUUAUUCUUCAAACAAAUAAAAAGGAAGAAAUUAAAAAAAAAAAGAAAAAAAGAAAUCCCCUGUUCAUCAUCUUCUUCCUCCUAGGGUUUUCAAGAAUCAUCAUCCACGGACACCUCCACCUCAAAUUCCAUGCAGCCUCAAUCACCUCCACCGUCUGAUCCCAAAACUCCAUCAAAGAGCAAUAACAAUAAUUUAAUCCCAAAUUUCAAUUCAUAUCAUCCUUCCCCUUCUCGUAAUAUCUACAGUGACCGUUUCAUUCCGUCCCGUACUUCCUCGAAUUUCGCGCUUUUCGGCUUAUCACCUCGCUCGCAGUCUGGCAAUAAAGAAGAUUCUAACAAUGCGUAUCAGUCAAUUUUGCGUAAUGCAUUGUUUCCGGUUACACCGGAGAAGAAUGUGAGUGGUGGGAGUAGGAGGAAUUUGAAGAGACCACAUUGUAAUAUAUUUAGGUAUAAGACGGAGACGAAUCAGCCAUUGCAUUCUUUAACAUCGCCUUUUGGGGUUGAUGAUGAUGAUGAGGAGCUGCGUGGUGUUAGUUCGACUCCUAUUAAGGUGGCGAGGAAGGUUUCGAGAUCGCCUUAUAAGGUACUGGAUGCACCUGCAUUGCAAGAUGAUUUUUAUUUAAACCUUGUGGACUGGUCUUCACAGAAUGUGUUAGCUGUGGGACUGGAGAGCUGUGUAUAUCUAUGGCAUGCAUCUAGUGGGAAGGUGGUGAAGUUGUGCGACUUGGGAAUUGAUGAUAAUGUUUGUUCAGUUGGGUGGGCACAGCGAGGUACACAUCUUGCUGUUGGAACGAGUAAUGGGAAAGUGCAGUUAUGGGAUGCCUCUCAAAGUAAGAGGAUAAGAACAAUGGAGGGACAUCGUCUAAGAGUUGGUGCGCUAGCUUGGAGCUCUUCCCAGUUGUCUUCAGGAAGCCGGGACAAGAGUAUUCUUCAGCGUGAUAUACGAGUUCAAGCAGAUUAUGUCAGUAAGCUAAGUGGUCACAAGUCAGAGGUUUGUGGGCUCAAAUGGUCUCCUGAUAGCCGUGACUUAGCUUCUGGUGGAAAUGAUAACAGACUUUUCGUAUGGAACAACCAUUCAACACAACCUGUAUUGAAAUACUGUGAGCAUAUGGCUGCUGUAAAAGCAAUUGCAUGGUCCCCCCAUCUUCAUGGGCUUCUAGCUUCUGGUGGUGGUACAGCUGAUCGAUGCAUUAGAUUCUGGAACACCACCACUAACACACAUCUCAGCUCAAUUGACACUGGUAGUCAGGUUUGCAAUCUUGUGUGGUCGAAGAAUGCGAAUGAACUAGUCAGCACUCAUGGUUACUCGCAAAACCAAAUAAUACUUUGGAAGUAUCCUACAAUGUCCAAGAUAGCUACUCUGACGGGCCACACAUAUAGAGUUUUAUAUCUCGCCAUAUCUCCAGAUGGACAGAUGAUUGUGACUGGAGCGGGAGAUGAAACGCUUCGGUUCUGGAAUGUCUUCCCUUCUCCAAGAUCUCAGAAUACCGAGUCUCCAAUUGGGGCAUCUUCUCUCGGCAGAACACAGAUUAGGUGACAGAGUCCGUUGUAAUUUUUUUGUUUGAGUACUCAUUGAAGUUAUUUUUGCAUGAAACACAAGCAGUGAAGAGGAGCAUUUUGAUCAGUUUGACGAGAGAUACUUGUAACGGGAAAUAAUUGCAGGAAGCUCUAAAGCUUAAUGUGCAUGUGAUACAAUGAUAUCCAUCAUCUUUCAAUGUUGUGUUAGAGUGAUUAUUCUAUGAAUAGAUUAGAAGUGUACAGAUGGAGACGUUAUUUAUUCCUCAUUAACAUCUCUCGGGGCGUUCUGUAAUAUAAAAGGGCAGGAGGGAGUUUUUGUGGGAACAUCCAAUUUUACACAAACUUGUGAUAUCUGUUGUACAUAAGGUUUUUCUUUUCUUUUUUCUC